AUGAAUUUUGGGCCAUCUCCUCGACCUCCUCCACCCCCGCCUCCUCGGCUUGAAUACCUUGAAAAGAGCGACAUUAAGGAAAUCGAUUGGAAGGACUAUGUCCCGCUUGAAAUGUACCAUUCAUUGGAUUAUGACCCUCAUCAAGGGCACCGUGUGAUUGCUAUAGAGAAAGAAGCCCUCUUUGGAGGAUUCCCUGUGGAUUCCCCGCGAGCCCUGACUAUAUCGCAACAGCCCCAGAGCCGGCAGCAGUUGCCCGCCACCCAUCCAAAAAACCCAAUUCUGACACAAGCAUUAGAACCGUUCCAUAUCAGAGAUAUUAUUGACUGGAAAGCUGAUUACCGGCUGAAACAGAGUGCCGAUCAAGACUUAGAAAGAAAAAGAUUGGCCUACUCGCGAACUUUGGACAGCCUUGAGAGAUAUGAAGAUGAGCUCCAAUCUCUGAAUCGCCAGUACACCAUAUGCCUCCGUGACAUCCAAACGAGUAUAGACAGAGCUGCAUGGGUAGGGCUACAUUGUCAGGAGGAUGCCGGCAAUCUUACCCUGAAUACCUUACAAAUAUGUGCAGGGCACUUCCAGUCAGGGGGACCUUUAACGACGUAUGACAUCUUUGAGCUGUCAAAGCUAGAUUUAGAGCUACUGCAAAAGUCCAUUGAGGCAAUGAAGUACCUGAAGACUCGGAUGAGUAUAUGCCGAAUUAAACUCGGCUUAACUAAGGCAAAUGUAUCGGAUGUUCAGGAUAUGAGGAGCCUACAGCGAUUCCAAGAACUGCACGGGGAAUGGGGCCGCAUAUACAAUGAAUACAAUAAUAGCUUUCGCAGGCCGAAAGAUAUACACAGCUUUGACUGCAAUAUUGACAUUUCAACUACUAAAACAGAAAAUAUUAUUCGAAAUUCUUUAUAUCAACUCAUCAAAAACAUCGAACUUGCUGCGUUGGAGUAUUCUGAGUACCAUUUUAAAUCAGCUGGGAUCGCCCGCAUUCAAGACAUUCCUCUCAAUUGGGCCAUCCGAAUCACCAAUGACCGCUACGCGUCGGACCUGGCUGAAAUAGCUAAGAUACAAGGAGAUCUUCAUAGAGCUGUAACAAAUAAUGAAUUGGAAGCCAACGAGCGCCUCAAACUAUUUAGAAUGGCGAGCGACCUUAGCAAGUAUGGACAUCAUAUCCACUCAGUGAAAAACAUCAAGAGUCCUAUUGCCUUGAGGAUAUUGGACACUCCUAGGGUAUGCCGGAUUCAAAAAAUGAAAGUCGACUUUGCUUCCAUGGCCUAUAGAGGCAUGACAGAACAGGAUAGGCAUCAAGGUAGAAUGAAUCCCGUCGUCAACACCAUGCCCUUGGAAUUGUGGUAUGCCAUGAGUGAGAAAGAAGAAAUGGUCCACAAGAAAGAACGCUUGCAUUCAAUACAACAGAGCCGAAUGUGUGGCCUUUAUUAUGAUGAAGGGGUGCCCAGUAAUAGUGAGAUGGAUAUGGAUGUCCCAUCUCAGCCUGCCACCGCUUCUAAUAAUGACGGUACUGUUCAAGCGGUUCAUGACGCGAGGGAAUACAGGCGAGUCCUUGAAAUAUUGAAGGUAGGGCAGCGUAUCCUGGCCAGGAAUUUGCAUACACUAGAGAUAUUAGUUUGGAACGGCCCUUCAUGCGCUGGCUGUGAGAGUGUGAAUGGUGGCGAACUCCGUCCAGAGGAACACCAAUGCAAUGAUAUAACACCAUACCCGCUCGAGAUAAUCCCUCCCAUGAGUGUACCUCAGGCUACACAGCAGGGCCAUCUUGCCGCAGGACCAGGUUCGGCGAAGACCUCUAUCCUUACACACAUUGCCGAGCAUAUAUCCUCACGUCUAGCACAUCUUAAGCUUCAUUUCUGGAAAGUGUCUCGUAAGAGUUUUCAGAUGCUUUUGGAAAACUUGCCUCACUUGGUUAUACUAGAGAUGAAGGAGUGCUUAACCCAUAUUGAGGAUGGUCCUAUUGAAGGACCAGUUUUCAAGCAUAAGGGUGUAAAGUUGCUGGCUAUAUCGCUGACCACGCUCUUUGACCGGCAAUGGCACUGCAAUUUCCGCAGGAUCACAGCACUUCCUUGCCCACAUUAUCCAAUCGACGACGAUGAUGAUGGUGCUAGUAAUGACGGCAGUAUUGGCAAUGAAAGUAAUUAUGGAACCGACAGCGAUGAAGACAGUAGCGGCGAUAGAGAACUUAAUGAAACGGAAUGGACUGAUGACACUGAGUCCCCUACAGGCCCUAAUGACCUUGAUGAUCUAAGUCUUCAGUCUGCGCUCGCGCUCGAUGACUCACUUUUCGAACAUUUCCCAAACCUAGAGCAUUGGAAGCUGAACCAUGGCGCCGAUAACGCCCGCCUAAUCCCUUGGGUGGGUGCUCAGGUCCGGAAGCAUUGUCCAAGGCUCGAUAAACUAACUUUGACUAAGGAUUCAGGCCUUGACUCGAACCAAGCCGCACUGUUGGUUCAUGUAUUCAGACCGGCACAUACUGUAUUAUCGCCACCACCCUUGGCAGCGACUGAAGUCAAAGUAGCUUUCGCCCAAACGCUCACAGGCCCAAUCGAGGCCCUGGAUGAUGAAGGAGAUUUGCCUGGGCCUAUGGGGAGCUCUGGAUACAUGAUCGGUAAUGGACUUGGGCUGACAGCUUUUAAAGCAGAAAAUACCAUAGUUUAUGGCUUGCCAUUGAUCAGGGCACUAAAGCUUCACACAAAGACGCUCCAAGUUUUGGAUAUAGACGCAAAUAAUGUGGAGUGGGUCCCUGAACGCUGGGUCGUAGGGGCUGGAUGGCGUAACAAUGUAGCCUCUACGGUUUUACCCAGCUUUGAUGCAGGCCAUAAUGCUCAUCCCUCUUCAGGUGCUAUCACCCUUACUAAGACCAGCGCAACAAAUGAUACAAAUACUACUAUUAAUACUGGAGCUAGCACUGUUACAGCACCAGUUCAUUUCUCGAUUCCUCCUGCUUCGCCUGUUCAAGAAGAUCUACUUCAUCCUGGUUCACUGACACUACAAUCCUCGGCAAUACCAACGGUACCGCAGGGUCUUCGGGGGCUGAACUCAGAUGCUGCCAAUGUUGACCCAAUCAGCGCCCCAGAGGUACGACUGGCUUUGAGUGCACUUCUUCAACAAUUUACCAGGCUACGUGUCCUCAAGCUUCCCGAGGCGCGCCUUCCUCCGGAACAUAUCCAACAAGGCCCUCUAUGGGGCAGCGUCAACUCUUUAGAGCGAGUCUGGCUCCAAUUCAAUAAUUAUAAUUUCAAUACGCUAUUGAUCCCGUAUGUCAUGCACCAACUGGAUGCAGUAUAUGUACCAACAUACUACAGUCCAGCAGACCAAUAUAUCCAUCCAGAAGGCGUUUUACCUCUCACACCACUUGACUUUGAUUCAAAAAGUGACCCAGAUGUAGAUGUUUGGAAUGACAUGUUACCCUUGCCAGAGACACCUCAUGCUGUAUCAUUUAGCGAUCAAACAUCUUCGUCCACGUUCCAAAAGUAUAUGGAUCGAUACUUGGGGCGGUGCCUUGGGCAGGAGAAAUUGUGGGGCACUGAGCAGCCUGCAUUGCCUUCAGAGCAGCCGCCCUUGGUCGAUCUGCAUCCAAUUUUCCAGAGAAGCGUAGAGGAAAUGAUAGCUUUCUUGCGCCAGUUCCCUCGUCUGCAGUAUAUCUGGCUUGGUGAUGGGUUAUACAGACUGUCUCCAUGA